AUGACGAUGGAGAUCAGUGCCCCGGGUGGACAGCGUGCCAUUGGGCAUGAGGAGUACAGUCUGUACAGCAGCCUGAGCGAGGAUGAACUGGUCCAGAUGGCCAUCGAACAGAGCCUGGCUGACAAGACGCGGGGCCCCACCACUGCCGAGGCCGCUGUGUCUGCUCGAGCCAACCGUCCACCCGCCCAUUUCUACCCAUGGACCAGGUCCACCUCGAUGCCUGAGAGCCCGCCAGCCUCAGCCCCCAUGGGCUUGUUUCAUGGGGUCAUGCAGAAAUACAACAGCAGAUUGUCCAAGACCUCCCAGCCCACGGACCCCGUGCUAAAGGCCAUCAAGGAUGGUGACGAGGAGGCUCUGAAGGCCAUGAUCAAGGAGGGGAAGAACCUGGCCGAGCCCAACAAGGAAGGCUGGCUGCCGCUGCACGAGGCCACCUACUAUGGCCAGCUGAGCUGCCUGAAGGUCCUGCUGAAAGCAUACCCAUCAACCCUGGACCAACGCACCCUGCAAGAGGAAACAGCCCUCUACCUGGCCACAUGCAGGGAACACCUGGACUGCCUCUUGUCACUGUUGCAGGCUGGGGCGGAGCCGGACAUCUCCAACAAGUCCCGAGAGACGCCACUCUAUAAAGCCUGCGAGCGCAAGAAUGUAGAGGCUGUGAGGAUCCUGGUGCGGUACAACGCAGAUACCAACCAUCGCUGCAACCGAGGCUGGACAGCCCUGCAUGAGUCCGUCUCCCGGAAUGACCUGGAAGUCAUGGAGAUCCUGGUGAGCGGAGGCGCCAAAGUGGAAUCCAAGAAUGCCUACGGCAUCACCCCUCUGUUUGUGGCCGCCCAAAGUGGCCAGCUGGAGGCUCUGAGGUUCCUGGCCAAGUAUGGCGGCGACAUCAACACUCAGGCCAGCGACAAUGCAUCUGCCCUCUAUGAAGCCUGCAAGAAUGAGCACGAGGAGGUGGUGGAGUUUCUGCUGUCCCAGGGUGCCGACGCCAACAAGGCCAACAAGGAUGGCAUGCUGCCCCUGCACGUGGCUGCCAAGAAGGGCAACUACAGGAUCGUGCAGAUGCUGCUGCCGGUGACGAGCCGCACACGCGUGCGCCGCAGUGGCAUCAGCCCUUUGCACCUGGCUGCCGAGCGCAACAAUGACGAGGUGCUGGAGGAGCUGCUGAGCGCGGGCUUCGACGUGAACGCGCCGCUGGCGCCCGAGCGCGCUCGCCUCUAUGAGGACCGACGCAGCUCCGCGCUCUACUUCGCCGUGGUCAACAACAAUGUACACGCCACCGAGCGGCUGCUGCUGGCCGGCGCCGACCCCAACCGCGACGUCCUCAGCCCGCUGCUCGUGGCCAUUCGCCAUGGCUGCCUGCGCACCAUGCAGUUGCUGCUGGACCACGGUGCCAACAUCGACGCCUACAUCGCCACACACCCUACCGCCUUCCCCGCCACCAUCAUGUUCGCCAUGAAGUGCUUGUCGCUGCUCAAGUUCCUCAUGGACCUCGGCUGCGAUGGCGAACCCUGCUUCUCGUGCCUCUAUGGCAACGGCCCCCACCCGCCGGUCCCCACGCGCUCCAACCGCUUCAACGACGCGCCCGCUGCCGACAAGACACCCGGAGUGGUGCAGUUCUGUGAGAUCCUCUCAGCCCCGGAGGUGAGCCGCUGGGCAGGACCCAUCAUCGAUGUGCUUCUGGACUAUGUGGGCAACGUGCAGCUCUGUUCACGCUUGAAGGAGCACAUUGAUAGCUAUGAAGACUGGGCUGUCAUCAAGGAGAAGGCAGAACCUCCGAGACCCCUGGCUCACCUUUGCCGGCUGCAGGUGCGGAAAGCUAUUGGAAAAUACCGGAUAAAACUCCUAGACACGUUGCCGCUGCCGGGCAGGUUGAUUCGAUAUCUGAAGUACGAGAACACCCAGUAA